UUUACACAACCUCCUCGUUACUCGUCUCUUUUACUCCCAAUGAUUUGCAGCUAGAGAGACAGCUAUUAAAGAGGAGGCCCAACUUAAACAGCUCGUUGUGAAUGAACGCACCCCGGAGGGCGACUGGAGCGGUGAUUACGGUGAAUGAGUAGCUGGAGUGUUAAAUUCACCUUCACAACAACACAAACAGAGCAUCUUUAGGAGCUAUAAAAAGUGCUGACAUGCUACAGAUCAAAUGUCCCACUAUUAUGAAAUGACGGACGGGAGCCGUAAGCAGAGACGGGAUUUCUGACACUCCCCAUUGAAGGAGUGCUUGCGUCCCGUCCCAGAAGCUUGUGUAACACAUAUGCGUGACCCUGGUUUAAAGGAAGUUUUCUUCUGUGAUUAAUAUGUGAUUCUGCCGCUUUCAUUGUAAUGUUGAGCCUUUCAUACUGAACUGGAUUUUUUUUUUUUUUUUUGUGGGCUGGGAGACGUGCUGCUGUUUGAACCUGCUCAGCUCUAACCGUGAACUUGAAAUGUUAAUCACCAUGAAAAAAAAGGCGUCUCUAUUAUUCCUCUAUUGUUUUUUGUUGUUUUCCUUUACUUGUUGAUUGCAUGUCCCCUCUGACGUCAUGCGGGGCACCUCCUUAGACAGCGUCCUCUGUAGCAGGUCCUGGCAGAUGUUUCACCCGUGGUUAGUGGUUUGGAGUGAGUCAUAGGUGUAACUCUGUGUUAAUAUUACUGGCUGCUCCGGGUGGAGCCAAACAUUUCAGGAAUCCAAAGCGAAGCCACCAGGAGCGACGGGCAGAAACCUGGCUGCUGUUGUUUUCUUUAGUCACUGUACCGAGACCUGAUACCGGCCGUGGGAUGUCCCAGCAAGACGGGACAGACUUUAAUGGACUCCUGCCAGAUGCCAAACGAAAUGCGUGGACUCUAAUCUACACUAGACUUUAACAAGCCUUUUAUUAGACCUGUUCUGGACUUGUGGUAAAUCACAUGCUUCAUUAGUCUGAGCCUGAUUGAUCAGCGAUCCCCGUUCGUGCGGGGGGGAUUUUUUUUUUUUUAUUUUUGCGGUGGGCUAUAAAUACUGUACGUUACGCAGCCGCGUCUCCAUCCGAUCAGCGCGGCGGCACCACGUGAAGGAUCGGACGACGAGGCGCCCUCGCUUUAGCUCCGUUGCAGCAGGAGGGGGCACCCUCAUUCCGGGGGACACGCGCAGCCAGCGCCGCGGAUGGAGGGGUGAGCUGCCCUUCGUCCAGCCUCGACGAGGAGCGGAGCCGCCGAGACGCGCAGCCCCGCCGAGCGCUCGUCCUCUUCGCAGCCGGGGUUCUCGCACGGAUUUCAGCAGCAUGUCUCGGCGGAGAGGCAGAACACGGUCGUUCCGUCGACCCGUGCGUUAGUUUAACCCAUGCGUGUGCUGGUUCCGACCCGAGGACUCGGAGGAAGAGUAAAGGUGAUGACCUGGGUCGUUCCAUGUGAAUGACGGGAGACCAUGAAGCCCAGAAACAAACUGAUCGUCCUGUGCUUAGUGCUGGUCGUGACCUUUUCCUACACCUGCAAGAAGCUACUUGUACAUAUAUUGGUCCAGGAGACUCAAGUGCAAAGCGACAUCAUCGUUGGACAAAAAAUUGUGUCAGCUUCUCCGAAGACAAGAAUCACAACCAAAGGACGUUUGAUGAGCAGGGCUUUUUGCUGCAGCUGGACACAAGACUGCCACCGGAGUUUGAGUCCAAGUACCGCAACCUCAGCGAUGGAGCAUGCAGGCCAGAAUAUGCAGCAGCCAAGAUGGCCACCAUUUAUCCUAAGUUCAGGAAGUUGAUGCCCAUGUUUCUUGAUACAGACUUUAGACGUCUAGCAAAAGUCAACAACUGGUUACCUCCAUUUGGGUUCAGAACACAAGAAAGAGUCAUAGAGAAGAUUUUAUCUGCCACAAGAUUUUACGGUCUCCACAAGGAUCUGGACAAUCUCAGCUGUAAAAGAUGCAUCAUUGUGGGCAACGGGGGAAUCCUGUCUAAAAAGUCUCUGGGCUCCCGCAUUGAUCAGUAUGAUGUCGUAGUCAGGUUAAACCAAGCACCAGUGAGCGGCUACAGUAAAGACGUUGGCACCAAAACCACCAUGAGGAUCACGUAUCCAGAGGGAGCGAUACAGAAGACGGAGGAUUAUGAAAAGGACUCGCUUUUUGUUUUUUCUGCUUUUAAACCACUGGACUUCAAGUGGCUCAAACAUAUGGUCUUCAAGGAUGGGAGGGUCACGGAGGGAUUUUGGAAGUCGGUGGCCGACAAAGUGCCUCGGAAGCCCAGCGAGAUAAGGAUCCUCAAUCCCUACUUCAUCCAGGAGGCCGCCUUCCAGUUCAUAGGCCUGCCCUUCAACAACGGCCUCAUGGGCAAAGGGAACAUUCCAACGCUGGGGACGGUCGCCAUAACGAUGGCGCUGCACAACUGCGACGAGGUGGCGGUGGCCGGCUUCGGGUACGACAUGAACGCGCCCAACGCGCCCCUGCAUUACUACGAGGACGUCAAGAUGUCGGCCAUCAAAGAGUCAUGGACACAUAACGUACACAAGGAGAAGGAGUUCCUGCGCAAACUGGUGAAAGCCAAAGUCAUCACAGACUUGACCAACGGUAUCUGAGUUUACACCCACCCACAGUCUCCCUCUGCCUUUAUCAGCGGACUGCGAAUCAGGAAGCUGGGAAGUGGACGGACUCUGGGAGAGGAAGCUCUCUCUCCCGGAGCCUGUGUGGCCCGCACGCUGCCGGGGGCUCUGCAUCGACUGACAUGAACCUAAGCAGAAGGAAGGGGGUGGAGAAACGCACAUGUGCCUUCUGAACCAAAGACUCCUGCUCCAGUCAGCGGGACGACUGGAACGCCGCGCCGACCGCACACUUCCACCGUCGCCGCGUGCUGACGUGCAGAUGUCGGACUGUGACUUGACUGAUUCGCUUGAUAAAGGACUUGGAGACAAAGUAAUGAAGAGAGGACUCGGGAGGCUGCACAGCCGAGUAUUAGCGGUGCCAAACAUACCUCGUAGAGGAGAGGCUUUCCUCGUCUCCCUCCGCUACCUGAAUGUAUUCACCUGUCAGUAUCCGUACGUGUGAGGCCGAAUCCGCACAGGCAUUUGCACUACGUUGGGUGGGGGUGUGCCGCCUGGACCCCCGCCCCCCCCACCGUGGGGCCAGGCGUUUCCACACCGAGAAGGGCUGUUGUUUUUUAUGAAGAGAGGUUGGUAUCAGCUAAGAAGCUGCAGCAGCACACCCCCAUCCCCGUUUGUUUUACUGUCUGUCCAGUAGCCACCUGUAGAAACAAACACUUGAGAAAUACAAGGAGAAUUGGAAAAUGCCCCAUUACAUUUGAUUUAAAACGCUAAAGCUGUUUAAAUAAGGCUUUUUUACCUUCACACAAUUCUCUACACUAAAUAGUCCCCAACGUCGCUUUGGAUGAGCCCCCGUGGUCACAGUGGGUGUGUUCAUGUCAUGAUCACGUCCUCAGCUGUGGCAGAGACACACACGGCUCUCUGGCGACUCGCACCCAUGUUACAGUAGGAGCUGAAACCUUCACGUCGGCUCCGUCUAUUGCUGCAGUUAUCUCGCUCUUUAUAAAAUGGGGAAAUUCUCCAAUUGUACAAUAUGAAAAUAUAUAUUUUUGUUUUGAGGUAAAUUUAAUUAUUUAUUUUGUUAUAAAGUCCCAACAUUUUAAUCACAGGCAGGCCUGCUCUCAUUUUGUUGUUCUAUGCUUGUUCGUUUGUUCUGUAUAAACGGAGCCCUUGUAUACUGUUACUCUAAGACGCCUACAUGUCAUCCUCAAAACGUAUUUUAGGUCUGCUAUUAUAGAAGGCCUCUGUUAUCAGUGUCCCGCUGCAUUCUGGGUAAUGGAGUCACAUGGCUGCACUGGCCUCAAAUCCUUUACUGUCAGCCAUCACCACCACCUCAUCAUAUCCGUGUGAGAACUCAGCUUUAUACAGUACGGUGCAUUAUGAAAACUGCCUUGCCAAAGCAGUCCUGCGUUUGAACAUCAUUAUUUUUUUUUUCAUUGCCUGUUUUAGUGCAUAUUUUACUUAUGUCUUACACAGAAAGACUCUAAGCUGCUGCGGCUGCGUCUGUUAAGUCGCGUUUUCCUGGGCUGGAUUCGUUCCCACCAACGCUGUGGGGUCACGCAGCUGCAGCGCCUUCGGGACCUGCUCGCGUACCGGACCAGUUUGGUUUAGCAGAACAGCACAGCUGAGCGUAGCGUAGCGCUAUCAUGAGGCAUGCUCAGUGCCUUCCACCUCAUCCCCGGCGUCUGUGGGGAAGCAGCUCCGGGUCGGGACAGGUCAAUCCUCAGUUAUGUGCUAUGGCUCGUUUCCAAUAUGUAUUACAUCCCAACACUGGUGGUUUAGUGUGUUUUAGCUUCUACAAGCAAGUGCUAGUGUUUUUUUUUUCGUUUAAUGUUUGCUAUAAAGCUACAGGCGAAUCACAUUUUAACCUACACAUCAUUAACCACUGCUGAUAAUCCAACCUGCUCUGAUUAUGAUUGUUUUUAAUGUCACGCUUCAAUAACUCGCUGGUGCCCUUUGCAUGGAUGCUGGACAACUCUUGAAUCCACCAGUUUGAACGUGGCCACGCCAGUACCUUAAAACGACGGCAGCUCUAGGUUACUUAUCGCAAACAUUUUUGUAUUUUGUGGAUUCUUUUAAAUGUACUGCGGCCCUUGAACGCCGCCGGCUGCUGGGAAGGCAGGGCAUCAAUCUGCGGCGCGGUGGAAAGGGGUGAUUAAUAAUGUAAUGUGCAAUUUGGACUCUGCAGACUAAAGCAUGCCAAACCACCAGUACGGCCCUCGACGCGUUGAGACGAAGCAGAGCCUCGGCGCAAAUGAACCUUCUCUUCUGACGACAGUAUGUUUUAAACCUUCGUGAAUGCUGGAUCGGUUCGAGUGCUUGGGGCCCAAAGCUGUUCAUAACACACCAGAAUGUAUUCGCAAAAGCAUAUUUAUAUGUUUGUUUUUAACAUCUCACCACCAUCAGUGGGAUGCCGAUGUGUUUUUUUAUAUACAGUAAAAAUGGCUGAAUAAAUAUUUAAUAACA